CCUUCCUCCUAUAAGCAGCCUUGGGCCUACCAAGGUGGUAAGCGAUGGCUCUACCUCUAUCAAAGCAGGUCUUGGGCUGCUUUCUCUUAUUCUCUUUUCUCUUUUCUUCUCUUUCAACCUUCUCUUAUGCUUUGACAAACGUUGAAGCAUCCUUAAUUGCUCGCCGUCAACUUUUGUCUCUACAAGAAAAUGAUGAUGUUUUCUUUAGACUUGGCAUUGAGAUCCACCAUGACAAGAAUUUUGCCAAUCUAAGGCUCCAAAAAGCUUAUAUUGCAUUACAGGCAUUGAAAAAGUCUAUCUAUUCUGAUCCUUUGAACACAACCCGUAAUUGGGUCGGUACCGAUGUGUGUUCUUAUAAUGGCGUCUUUUGUGCUCCAGCCCUUGACGACCCUAAAUUGGAAGUUGUUGCUGGCAUUGAUCUUAACCACGCUGACAUUGCUGGUUACCUACCCUCUGAGUUAGGGCUCUUAACCGAUGUUGCACUCUUUCACAUUAACUCUAAUAGGUUUUGUGGAAUUAUCCCCAAAACCAUGUCAAGACUCAAACUUAUGUUUGAAUUUGAUGUAAGCAACAACCGUUUUGUUGGCUCUUUCCCGACAGUCGUCCUCACAUGGCCGAGCCUUAAGUAUCUCGAUCUCAGGUUCAAUGAUUUUGAAGGGAAAUUACCUCCAGAACUCUUUGAAAAGGAUCUUGAUGCAAUUUUCUUAAACAACAACCGUUUCAAGUCCAACAUCCCCGACACAGUAGGUAAAUCUACAGUUUCUGUUGUGAGCUUUGCAAACAACAAGUUCACUGGUUGCAUUCCGCACACCAUUGGCAACAUGGCAAACACAUUGAAUGAGAUUAUUUUCCUGGGCAACAACCUUGGCGGUUGCUUCCCCCCAGAGAUUGGAUCCCUUGGCAAUGUAACGGUGUUCUCAGCUAGCUCUAACGGGUUCAUUGGGUUUUUGCCAAAGACAUUUUCAGGGCUACAAAAGGUUGAAGAAUUGGACAUUUCGCAUAACAGGCUAACAGGAUACGUGCCCGAAAAUGUUUGCAAGUUGUCUAGCUUGUCCAACUUCACUUUCUCUGACAACUACUUCAAUGGAGAGGCUCAAGCAUGUGUUCCAUCUUCAAAGGUGCACAAGAUAUUAGAUGACAAAAGCAACUGCUUUCCAGGCAGACCGAAGCAGAAGUCUACCAAGAUAUGUUUCCGAGAGGCAACUCGACCUGUAAAUUGUAGCAAAAUGUGUGGUAGCUCCUCUUCACAUCCACAACCAAAGCCACCGGUUAGGAAACCAUCACCACCGUCAACUCCGAAGCCGCAACCCCAACCAUCUCCUUCUCCUUUAACUCCAAAGCCGCAACCUCAACCCUCUCCUUCUCCAGUAGGGCAUCCUCCAUCAACACCAAAACAACCAUCGCCACCUAAAUCUUCGACCCCAAGUCCCAAGUCAUCUCCAACACCGCCAAAAUCAUCUGAUCCAUCGCCCCCUAAAUCUUCGACUCCAAGUCCCAAGUCAUCUCCAUCACCGCCAAAACCAUCUGAUCCAUCGCCCCCUAAAUCUUCGACCCCAAGUCCCAAGUCAUCUCCAUCACCGCCAAAACCAUCUGAUCCAUCGCCCCCUAAAUCUUCGACCCCAAGUCCCAAGUCAUCUCCAUCACCCCAAAAACCAUCUGAUCCAUCGCCCCCUAAAUCUUCGACCCCAAGUCCCAAGUCAUCUCCAUCACCACCAAAACCAUCUGAACCAUCGCCAAAACCUGCACCAGGACCAGAUGACCCAUUUGAAAGAUACCCUCUUGAAAGGCUUCACUCACCUCCCCCACCGGUUCAAUCUCCACCACCACCGCCCAUAUUCCCCCCUCCACCAGUUCACUCUCCUCCACCACCAGUCCACUCUCCUCCACCACCAGUCCAUUCACCACCACCGCCACCUGUAUACUCGCCUCCACCACCACCAAUUCAAUCUCCUCCACCCCCAGUAUACUCUCCACCACCUCCAAUCCAUUCUCCUCCACCACCAGUCUACUCACCACCGCCACCUCCCGUGUACUCUCCUCCACCACCAAUUUACUCUCCGCCGCCCCCAAUCUACUCCCCACCACCCCCAGUGUACUCCCCACCUCCCCCACCUCCUUCAGUCCAUUCUCCUCCGCCACCAGUCCAAUCUCCUCCACCACCAAUCCAGUCUCCACCACCUCCACCAGUCCAUUCUCCUCCACCACCAGUCCACUCUCCACCACCUCCACCAAUCCACUCUCCACCACCACCAGUGCACUCUCCUCCACCACCAACCCCGGACAUCAUCCUUCCGCCAAACUUUGGGUUCCAGUACUCAUCGCCCCCUCCGCCAUUAUUCCCGGGCUACUAACUAGCAUAAUAUCAAUAACAUCUUUGUCCUGUUUUGCAAUUUCCUUUAUAGUUUCAGAAUGCUAUGUACACACACACCCGUGGGUAAGUCAAGGCCAAGCUUCUCAUCAUUUAUAUAAUUUGAGCCUGCAUUAUCUUUUUA